AUGUCAAAAAAGUCUAGUGUCAAAGACUUUGAAAUUAUGGGCAAACUAGGCCAAGGCAGCUUCGGAAGCGUCUAUAAAGUAAGGAGAAAAGGUAAAUCAUAAAAAGUGGACAGCAAUAUCUAUGUCAUGAAAAUGAUUAAAAUUUCACAAUUAAAUAAAGCCAGCCAACAAGAAUCUAUAGGCGAGGUAAGAAUUUUAGCAAGCCUCGACAACCCUUACAUCGUAAAAUACUAUGACUCUUUUAUAGAAACCCAGACACUUCACAUUAUCAUGGAAUUCUGCGACAAAGGCGAUCUCAGCCGACACAUAAAAAAUCAAAUGGGCAGGCUUCUUCCAGAAAAUAAAAUUUGAAAAUAUUUUAUACAGAUGUGCCUAGGAUUAGAAUAUUUGCAUUCACAAAAUGUCCUUCAUAGAGACAUUAAAAGCAUGAAUGUGUUUUUAGUUAGAGAAGACUCUAUCAGAAUUGGCGAUUUAGGCGUCGCCAAAGUGCUGUCUAAUACAGCUGCAUUUGCCCAUACAAUGGUAGGGACUCCUUAUUAUCUUUCUCCAGAACUGUGUGAAGAGAAGCCUUAUAAUGUAAAAAGCGAUGUAUGGGCACUUGGGUGUGUUUUAUAUGAAAUGUGUACGUUGAAGCAUCCGUUUGAAGGGGUAAAUCAAGGAGCUUUAAUAUUGAAAAUAAUUAGAGCGAGUUUUGCUCCGAUUAGUUCUCAGUAUUCAGAAGAAUUGGUGAAUGUGGUGAAUUUGUGCUUGGCGAAAGAUUAUAGGAAUAGACCAACAGUUUCUGAAAUUUUGCAACGGCCUGGGAUGAAAGAUAGGGCUUUUUCGCUUACUCCCCCCCCUCCGUGAGUGAAAAAAACCAUUAGAAAAAUCGCUAUUUUUUGCCCAAAAACCCACCCUCCGUGAGUGAACAAAAAUUUUUUUAAUAUAAAAAUUUUUUAUGGAAAAAAAAUUUGAUAUAUAAAUGAUAAUUAUUAUAAUGAAAUCUAGAGCUAAUUCUGUUUAAUUUUAAAUGAAUUGCUUUUUAAAACAUAAAUUUUAUAAAUUAAAUUAAUAUUUGCUUUCCAAUUUUUGCGAAUUAGGAUUUUUUUAAUUUCGAAAAAAAAUAUUUUUUAGAAAAUUUAUAUAUAAAUUUGUUUAAAAAAAAAAAAAUUAACCCCCUCCGUGAGUGAACAAAAUUUUUUUGUUCACUCACGGAUCGGGGGGGGAGUUAGUAUUAUUAUUCCAUCAGGAUCUAUAUUGUCAGAUUCUUAUAUUCCUGCUAGAAAAGCGGAAAAUAAUAUUUAUCAUAAUCAUAGGAUGGAUGUUAUUGAAGAAGAAAAAAAUUCGCACUUUCAUGAUGAUAAUGAAAUAAAACAAGAAAAGGCUAUGAUUAAUAAAAAAGAAAGGCCUGUCACAGGAAGACCGAGCUCUGUUAUAAAUCUAGCUGAUAUUGUUAGGCCACCUAAAGCUCCUGUUAUACAAAAGGUAGACAAGGCAGUUAUCAAAGAGUUGCAAGUUCCUCUUAGCAGGCCUACUUCUGGAAAACUGCUCAUAAAUAUUGAUAAACAAAUCCAAAGCUCCCCUAAGUUAAUUUCUCCGAUCAUUCCUAAACAAACUAAAGGAGAUUUAUUACAAAAUCAAGAAUUAUAUAAAAAACAAGCCAAAAAUUUAUCGCCUUAUUAUAACGCCUUAAAGCCUAAAUUAUUAUUGCAACCCAAAAAUAGACUAUUAAAAGCAGUUUCACGUAAGAAAUAAUUAGAUAACCAAGAAGAUAUUUUAGAAGUACAAAAUCUGCCUGAUAUUCCUAAGCCUAAAAAAGUAGGAAUAAAAGACCUAUCUCCCCCUCCGUGAGCGAGCAAAAACAUUAGAAAAAUCCCUAUUUUUUGCCUAACCACUUUCCGUGAGCAAACAAAAAUUUUUUUAUGAAAAAAAUUUUGAUAUAUAAGUGAUAAUUAGUAUAAUGAAAUCUCUGGCUAAUUCUGUUUAAUUAAACAAAUUACGUUUUAAAGCAUAAAUUUUCCAAAUUAAAUUAAUAUUAGUUUCCAAUUUUUGUGAAGUGGGAUUUUUUAAAAAUUCGAAAAAAAAAAAUUGUUUUAUAAAAUUUAUAUAUAAAAUUUUUUAAAAAAAAAAAAUUAACUCCCCUCCAUAAGCGAACAAGAUUUUUAUGUUGCUAACGGAGGAGGGGGAGUAAGGGAAAAAGAAAUAAAUCUUAGACCUUUGACCCAGCCUUCUAGUGACCAAAAACUAAGUCCACUAGCUGCACAAAGCCAAAGAAUUAAAUCAAAUGAGAGGCCAGCACAAAAAUCUGCAGCACAAAAAGAACCAUUUAUUUUACCCAAAAAAAUCCAGCCGCAUAUAAAUAUAUCUUAUCAGAUUCAUGACGAAAGCCAAGUUAAUGCUUUUGCUAUUUCUAAUGCAGAAAUAAGCAAAAUCCAAAAUGAAUUCAGACAUAAUGAAUCUGUUGAAGAGCAGCCUUCUCCAAAUCAGUCUAAUUUAUAUGAAGAAGAAAAAAUUUUUGAGCAAACAAAAAGUAGCUUGCAAAAGAGACUUUCUGAAAACGAAAAAACAGAAAAUGACUUGGAAAAUAUAAUUGCAAUAAAUAAAGCAGAAAAUAUCAAAAAAAUUGGAAAACAGAAUUUUAUGGAAAUUUAUGGACUUUUAAAAGCAAAAGUUAUUGUAAUUUUUAUUUAGAGUCAAGAUGAACCUACAAAAGAAGAGCUUGAGGUAAUUGAUGGGAUUAUUAAAUCAAAAGUUUCCAAUAAUUAUGAUUAAGAUUAAGAUUAAAUUCUAGAGGGUCUGAAGGAUGAUUGCAGCUCCUCGCGUUUCCCAUGGUAGCUUCGUGUUGAUGCUAAGCGUUAUCCAUACCCUUACAUUUUCAUUUCUGACGUCACUAAAAAUCGUGGCGUAGAAGGUCUUAUGGGAAAUCACCCUACCAGUCUCCUCGAUCCUAACAAGCAGCAAAAAUUCCAUGAACCUCCGACAGGGCCCAGAGUAUUGGUCAACCGCCUUUGACUUCUCUAUGGCCUGUCUGUGCUUAUUGCAUUGCAAGCUCGGUAAUGCUCCCAUGAGUGCUGUGGACACUGUGCCAGUAGGUAUAUAUGGAAAGUCAGGAUAAAAAGGUUGAGUUUUACCCUGGAUCAUCAGAGGCCACGUCAGAUCAUUCCAUUUUAGCAAUUCAAUAAUUAUGAAGAAAUCCAAUAUUCUCUAUUUAAAAUUCUAAGUUUAGAAGAAAAGCUUGCCAAAUCCCAAGAACUUUCGCGGAAAAUUCGAUACGAUUUGUUGUAA